AUGGCAGAUGAAUAAGCUGAAUUCUUUAAGGAAGUCUUAAAGUUGAUAUCUAAUUUACACUUUGAAAAUAAAAUAACAGAGGAUUAGAAGUCAGAAUUAAAGAAAUUAUUGAUGGAUGACGAAGAUUUCGUUAAACAAUUAUAAGAAGAAUAUCAAAUUGAUGGUCUUAAAGGAAUAGUAAAUAUUAUAAUUGGUGAUACGAUUUCAGAUUGUAGUUUCAGAGAUUUAUUAGAUUUCAAUUAGGAAAAAAGAAAAAGAUCCUAAUCAUUAACUAUUUACACAGACUCUUCAGAUUGAGUCAAUUUCUGCUAAUCUUAGCACUGUUGAGACAUUUUGAUUUAUGUAUUAUAUACAUAUCAAUAUAUG